GUCAGUGGUUCAGCUACUGGAGUAGUUUACACAGGAUUAACGGGGCAUAAUCCAUUUACAGUAUUUAGAGACAUGAGUCGCCAUCUGUCUGUAUUUAUCACAGUGAGGGAGCCGUCAGCACCGGCCGACUCCACACCGACAACACUUCUACGGUAAGACGAAACUAUCGGGAGAAGUGUAGGACGAAACUAAAAAGCUACCUUUGUUAAAUGCUGCUUAAUGAGUCUGUUCAGUUAACAGUUGGUCGGCACUGGAAGUGACCUAACGUCUGUCACAACCUUUAAACUGCGCGCGCGCCUCAACCAGGUCGAUGAGAUUUGCUGCCUUCAAAUGCCGUCGUAAUCUUCUGCUUCUGCUCCGACCACUGCGCAUAGUUUCGUGUAUUCUACAAUACACAUUUAAUACAAAUACUGCAGUUGUUUCAUUUUAGACACGAAGAACGGUUUACAGAGAAGACACACUACACCAGGCAUCAAACCGAGGUUCAGUUACUUACGCCACCUAACUUAGCAAGUUGAAUAAACAAAAAGGAAACGUAAAAUUUGCCUAAUACUGGCUUUCUGUUGCUCCUUACUCGAUAUAUGUACAAUGACAAAACAUUAAGAACAAAAUAAACUGAGCCACACUGACUCUAAUUUCAAAUGGGUGGUUAAGAAUGAGCAUUUUCCAUUUUCCGUUUGUUUUCAAUCCGUUUAGUUUCUUACAGCACGUGAAAGCAGCAAACAAGUUAAUUGUAAAUACCUGUGUGGAGUUGGUGUGUAACAAAAACGCUAAGUGUCUACGUUUAUGGCGGAGCUGACAAUCGCUUAUCUUCCAAUUGCUCAGAGACUUUUGCUAUGGUGAUGGAUAAUACAUUUUAGAAGACUACUUGAGGACUAUGAGGUUUACAGACCAAGACCCUGCCUUUAUCACCUGCUGUCACCAACAAAUGCAGUAGUAACCUCUUAAAACACCAGCUCUACUUUCCAAGAGCAUACAUCCCCAGAUGAUGCGGACGGACAGCAAAGGCCGGAGUGCCUCUCCUCACAGGAUAACCUACAAGUCUGACUUCCAUGCUAUCAAAUGCUCCUUUGACACUGGGACCAGUCUUCAACGAGGGACCAAAUCUGUUGCUGCCUCUGCUGUGCAUCAAACUAGGCUGCCAUCAAGCUUGCCAGAUCCCAUAAUGUCUCACACCAGCAGUGGCACCACAGGCAGCAGAGGGAGGGUCAACAGCACCAGGGGGACCAAGAUCAGAGACAACAUCUUCCUCCAAAUGGACAGCCAGCAGCUGAAACAAGACAGUGGUCCAGUGCUGACUUCUGGCCCCACAUCCGUUCUUUCUCCUCAAAUUCCUAGCCUGCACCUCCAAACUUCAUCUUUCUCUGGACCCAGGCGUUCGGUCAUGAGUUCCUCAUCUGUUCUGAGCACUGUGGCCAGCAUUUCUACCCCUGAAUCCUCUCUGCAAGAUAAGCUGUCUAGAUCAGAGGAGAUAACGGAUAUUGAAAGAGCUGCUCUGGCUCAAAAGUUCUCUGUGACCCGAAGGUUGUUUGAGAACAAGGUGAUUGAGGUCGGAGGUGGUGAAGGACAGGUUUCAAAAGGUGUGACUUGCAGAGGAAGCAAGGGGAUAGCAGAUGAGAACCAGCUGGAAAAGGAGGAAGAGGUAAGCGGAAAAGGGAAGCACACAGAGGAGGAUGGCUUAGAUGAAGACAAAUCCAUAAACCAACCCACCAUAAAUAUUUCCUCACCAAAGCCCUCUGCACAGGCCUCAAUGACAAGGCACCCUAAAUCUCUUGUAUUAGAUGGCCCCAGUGGAGCAUCCAACAAAUCUUCCGAUAUUGAUGAACAUGGUCAAACCGCAGUAUCACGAAGUGAGGGAGCAUCACAAACUGAGGAAGAGAAAGCAUCUCUCGGCCCCUGCUUGACCCCUGAGGAACCAGUCAGGGCAGAGCUAGUGGACGUGAAGAACGAGUCAUCCGAAAGCGAUGAGAAUGAAGAAGAAAAAGAGCGCAAAGAGGAUAAGAACUGGCUUAAGGAUGAGGGGGUGAAGCAUAUGGAUAAAAACACAGCAGAAAGUGUGCCGGACCUUGUGGAUGAUGUUUUUGAAGAAACCAGUAUGGAAACAACACCAGGACGUGAAGUGCCUGUUGAUCCUCGCAUAGUGGAAAACAGAGUGGAGCUAAAAGCAGGAGAAGGUACAUCUGUUGUUCCCUCAGAAGAACACCAGAAGGAGUUAUCCACCAGGAUGCCAUGUGAAGGACAGACUAAAGAUGACAAGGAAGAAGAAAGAGACAAGUAUCAGCAGGUGAAUGAACAAUGGCAGCGUGAAAGGGAGGAGCAGAACAGACAGUUCAUUGCACAGGCUGAGGAGUCAACAGAAGAGGGGGGAAACAGGGAGGAUAAGAUGGAUGAGGUAGUGGAGGAAAGUGCUGGAAAGAGAGAGAGACGUAUUGUGCAAGAGGAGGAUGUUGACAAAGAGUCGUGCUGUGAGGGGAAAGGUGGAGAAACAGAGUGCAGACAAAGUCAAGAGGGAAAAGAGGCAGGUCCAGCAUCUGAACUUCAGGAGGAGUAUGCCAGUGUGGUUAAGGGGAAAGAUGAUGGAAACAGAGAUAAAGAGGGUCAAACUGGAUCUGUAGAUGUGUGUGGGAUUGAGAAUAAGGCUUUUAUGUGCAAUCAGGAGGCCCAGUCUCACUCAGAUCAUCCAACAUCACCAAGACCGGACAGGAAAAACUCUCUGCAUACAGGAAAUCCACUUUUAUCCAAAUGCGAGGAAAUCUCUGCUGGUCUUGACCUGGCUGAUCAGGACAAUGAAGAGACAGCAGAAACUUCGAACAGAAAGGUCAGGUUCACCUCGUCACCAAUCAAGGUGUUCAGCACCUAUUCUAAUGCAGAGUACGACAGACACAAUGAAGAUAUUGACCCAAUGUCCGCCUCCGCUGAGUAUGAGCUGGAGAAGAGAGUGGACAGGAUGCACGUUUUUCCAGUGGAGAUAGAAAAGGAGGACGAGGGUCUGGGCAUCAGUAUCAUAGGAAUGGGUGUAGGGGCUGACCAGGGCCUGGAAAAACUGGGAAUCUUUGUCAAGACAAUCACUGAAGGAGGAGCAACAGAGAAGGAUGGAAGGAUUCAGGUGAAUGACCAGAUCGUGGAGGUGGAUGGGGUGAGUUUGGUUGGAGUGUCCCAGCUGUUUGCAGCCACAGUCCUCAAGAAUACAUCAGGCCUUGUCAAGUUUUUAAUUGGUCGAGAGAAGGAGGGAGUGGAGAGUGAGGUGGCACGGCUAAUCAAUGAAAGCCUGGAAAUGGAUAAAACAUCUAGAAAGAGAGGAAGGAUGAGUGGAGAUGAAGACACUGACUGUAGCCUGUCAGAGAGGGGCUCAGUGGCUGAAGAAGAGGAAGAAGAUGAAGAGGAGGAUGUGUCUACACUUUCCAGUCUGGACAACUACCAGCUCUGCCUCAGAUACCAGCAGCUCCAGUCAAAACUACGAAGCAGAGUAGAACAGCUUCAAUGUGCUAGAGAAAAGUUAAAGGCAUGGGAGGAACAGCAGGCAUGUUGGGAUAGCCUGAAGCUGGAGCUGGAGCAAAGAGUGGAGGACGGAGAGGAGAAAGCUGACAAACUUGAGAAGUAUUGGCAGGAGGCCCAAACACUGUGCAGGGUUGUGAGCCAGCGACUGGCGGAUGCUCAGAGCCAAUCAGAAAGCCUGGAAAUCAAAUACAGCAAGGCCAAGAGACUGGUCAGAGAAUACCAGAGCAGAGAGGAGGAGAGGGAGAACAGAGAAGCAGAUCUGAGGAGAGAAAUGGAGGAGAGAGAUAAGCAGCACAGAGAGACUGUUGAAAGACUGCAAAUCCAGCUAGCACGGCUAGAGAGAAACGAGCCAGAACCUGAAAGAAAGAACCACUCUGUGGAUGCUUCAGUCACAGGUCCAGACUGGUAUAUUCCAGUUCCUGAUACAGGACGUCUAGACUCUAGCGCUCACAUAGCAAGAGCUCAGCUGGCCCAGAAAUCCAAGCGACACCCGCCCUCACGAGACAAACUCAGAGAGAGCUUUAGAAGACAGGAAGAUGAAGUCCAGAAACUACAGGGGAGCCAAACAUUGUCUGCUUCCACAGUGUUAGGGAUGUUGCAUAGGAGCAGCAAAAGUGACCACUCUAGUACCUCCUCUUUCUCAGCCCUCAAUCCUCAUCCUCCCACCGCCUCCGUCUUUACACCUCCGAACUACAUCACUGACACUGUCACUCCUUCGCCAUGCAAGUCCUCUGCAUCCAGAAAAUCCAAAAGGAAAUUUCCUGACUUCAGUGGUCUUCGCAAGUCUCUCAGCAAAAGGAGAAGUGAGAAACAUAGCAGAAGGUCCAUGAACAACAGGGGAUCUUGUGGUGACCUGGUGGAUGAGCCUGCAGGAGUUUCUCCGUCAGGUUCAGUCACCUCCAUGCCUUCUUGCUUGCCCUUUCCCUGGUUUGGAGAGCGAGGGAGGGACAAAGAAGAGGAAGGGGAGAGAGGCAGAGAGAGGCUUCGGUCCGUGUCCAGCAGCAGUUUGCCAUACCUGACCACCACAGGUAGAAGAGAUCAGACCUUGGAUGAUGACCCAGUUCCCACUAAUAACAACAACCAAUGGCAAAGUCGACCCGCCUUGGAGUGGAACAACCAGCAGGUGUGUCUGUGGCUGAUCGCCAUGAACAUGGAUCAAUACACGGCUGAGUUUGCUGCCAGAGGUGUGGAUGGGACGCAGCUGCUCAACAUGGACAGUGAGAAACUCAAGGCUCUGGGGGUGUGCAGUCAAAGUGACCGGUCUGCCCUCAAGAAGAAGCUGAAGGAGAUAAAGAAAAGAGAGGAGAAAGAACAGAGGUGGAGAGAGAAGAGACUGAAGGAGGAAAAGGAUAAGGAGAAGAAUGCACUUUUGGACAAGGAGAGUGUAGGAAAGGAGAAAGCGAGGAUGGUGAUGGAAGAGAAAUCCGGAAAGGAGGCCGGACGCAGCGGCAGGACUGUAAGAACUGAGUCACUCCUAUAGAAGAAACACAGAAGUGAUGUCGGAGUUACUUCACAUUUCACACCCACCUCUGUCGUUUGUCUUGUUGCCACCAGCAUGAUGGUGUGUUUGCAGUCGUACACACACGAAACACACUUGAACGGAUUUCAAGUUAGCUAGAUAUACUGUACACAUCCUGUUUGUCACAUCUUGAAAAUGCUGGUUGGUUUAAUUGAUAGAAAGAUCUUCAGACUAGAACAGAGGUUGACUCCACCACCAAAGUUCACUCUCACAGCAAUUAUGUAUAUAUAUUUGUCUGUAUGUUUCAGUUUUAAAGUAUGUGAUGAUUCACUACUGUUUUACAGUGAUGUUUUUUUUAAUCAUAAACCUUAAAUUAUCCUUAGAAUGAUUUUGCUGAUUUAAGCAAUCAGGUAUUUGCUGUAAAUGCUUUUUUUAUGUAUUAAUAAAUAAUGCUUUAAACUUUC